UCGAGUUGACAUUCCAUUUUUAAUUAGUUGUUGCUCUCAAUAGGGUUAGGGAUAACUAACUUUCCCAAUAGGCCUACCAGAAUAUUGGUUUUGGGACACGUUUUUUACAUUUUUGAUAACGCCAAAAAGGCGGUAUUGUGUGUGUGUGCGUAGCGGGUUUGUAACUUUUAAAAAAGGUCAAAUCCUCCUGGGGUUUGAGACGCACGCAGGGUGACCAGAGCUGCUCUCUGGCCAAUAGUAGGAGAGCAGCAUCUCGAUACCUUUUAAGAGUCGGUACCAUUAACCGUUCGGUAUACAGCGUUCAGUUUAGUAGAACACCUAACAACAGAGACACACGGAGGGUAUCCCCACUGCUCCUGCCUCUCCUGUCUACUUUACCUUCAUAGGAUUCUAUCAGCAAGAUCAAGCAUCACACACUUGUAGCCAAAUAUUCGUGUUUCGUCUUUUGACAACAACGUGGGAUGGAUUCGACUAAACCAACUUCAGAUGUAUAAAUAGUAUCCUUUGAGGCAGAAUAGCUACAACGUCAACUAUUCCUAUUCAAAUCAUCACAGAUCGGCAGUGCCUCCUCGCUUGCUGUGAUGUCUCUGUCUAGCAUCCCCACCGUGAAGGGCAAGCCGUUCCACUCCAACACCCUCAAAGGCAGGCCUGUCCGGGGUUCGGAAUACUACGCUCAGCAUCUCCUCCACCCGCUCAAGUCUCUUGGACGGCUAGUCACCGACACCCAGGCAGUCAUGCCCUUCAACUUCACCGCCGGAACACCCUCGUUCUUCGGUCACGGCGGCCACCAAACCACCGCCGUUAACGUUCUUCACGAGCAGAUCUUCAACGUGUCGAACAUCCCGUACUUCAACCGGAUGAUGCCGGGAGUGGGACACACUAUUUACUCCAAGUACGAGGAGCUGGCGGCGGUGGUGACCGAGCACGCCACCGGCCCGUUAUCUGUAGGCCUAUCAGACUUCAGCAGUCCCGCCUCGAGCGAGAGGUCCUCCGCGCCCUCUCUCUCGCCAUCUAAAGAAAGUUUAUUCCACCUCAGAGGAACCGAAUUAUCACCGAGGAAAACACGCACUUAUAGUUUCAACGAGGACGACCUUUUCAUGGUGCUGUAUGGAUAUUCCCGGAGUCAGGAGCAGAAUGCCGGUUUCCCCAUCUCAGGAGUAGCCCUGCUUGGGAACUCAGUUUGCAACAGCGAACGACUCACCUUGGAAACGGAGGCGCUUGGACUUCCAAAAGGGUUAUCUAUCCACCAGACGAGUUAUGGCAGUUUGUCCCACUACGGAGUUUUCGCAGAGAAGAGCGCCAUCACCAAGGGAACCCGGUUCGGCCCAUUUCAGGGGAAACUGGUCAAUACCAGCGAGAUCAAAACAUACGACGACAACACGCUGAUGUGGGAGGUGUUCGAAAAUGGCCGGUUGAGUCACUUUGUCGACGGCCGGGGCUCAUCCGGUAACUGGAUGUCCCUAGUGAAGUGUGCGCGCUUCCCGGAGGAGCAGAACCUAAUCGCGGUACAGAGUAAGGCACAGAUCUUCUACGAGGCGUGUAAAGCGAUCCAGCCGGGCCAGGAGCUGUUGGUCUGGUACGGGGACUGCUAUGUUCAGUUCCUGGGGAUUCCUCUCACUCUGAAGGACUCGCUGGAGGAAGGGAACGCCAUGCUUCCACAUGAAGAUGCUGGAGAGGGUUUUAAGUGUGACCGGUGUGGGAAAGUGUUCGCCUAUCAAUACUACAGAGACAAACACCUGAAGUACACGCGCUGCGUGGACCAGGGGGACAGGAAGUUCCCGUGCCACCUUUGCAACAGGUCGUUUGAGAAGAGAGACCGAUUGAGGAUCCACGUCCUACACGUCCACGAGAAACACCGACCACAUAAGUGCUCAGUGUGUGGAAAGAGUUUCUCCCAGUCUUCCAGUCUCAACAAACACAUGCGGGUACACUCUGGAGAGCGCCCCUACAAGUGUGUCUACUGUAACAAGGCCUUUACUGCCUCCAGCAUCCUGCGCACGCACAUCCGCCAGCACUCCGGAGAGCGGCCGUUCAAGUGUAAGCACUGCGGGAAAGCCUUCGCCUCGCACGCCGCACACGACAGUCAUGUCCGGCGCACACACGCCAAGGAUAAACCCUACCCGUGCGACGUGUGUGGAAGCACCUUUCAAGAAGCGACAGAACUCAAUAACCACACGAAGAGUCACACAGAAAGACCCCUCUCAGACAACGCAGUUCCCCCUACCAUCUCACUAAACGGAUCUUUGGAGGAUACAACAACGAUGCUUUCAGUUACCAAGGACUGCAGGACGCAAAGAUUGACGGAUGAGAAGUUCUCGUACACAGGACUGACUGUUCUGAACCCAGAAUAUCGACCCUGGAACUAAAACCAUUCCAUAGAAUCCAUAGAAUUAGAAUGUGUAAUUCUAGAAUUUGCCGAGGAAAUUUCCAGUAGAAUUCAUAUCGCUGCUAGGACACUUCCAAAAGCAAUGUUUUAGAUAAUAACUAUUGGAAAUAUAUUUAAUACCACAACUUUACUGAAUUGUAUGACACUGUCAAUUAUUUUUUGUCAAAUGUAUUUAUUUAUUUGAAUCUGUUUUGACGUAAUGAAUACGUAAUUUUUUUUCUGGCUAAAAGCUUUUGUUAUUCGUGUUGUUUGGUUAAUUAUUGGUGUUGAUCAAUGUAAUAAUGCAAGAUUUUAACGAAAUGUUACAUAACAUUUAACGUUCGUGAGCACAAUUUCUUAUAGUUCAGCUUUAAAAUCGGCUUGUAUUAUUUAAAAAUGCUGUGUAAACGUUAUGAAUUUAUACAUGCAUCCCCAGACUUUUAUUAAUUUAAACGUGUUAAUUUAUAUGCAUACACUGUUUAUCAUACUACGUCUAAAUCCAUCCUAUUUCGCUCUUUCAUUGCUGUGCUUUUUUUUUACCGACUGUCUGUUUCUUGUCUCUUGUAGGCUGCAAAAGUAGGCUGUGUAUCUGUGUUGAACUGUUUAAAAGCAUCGGGCUUUCUAAUAAAUAUGAA